GUAAGUAGUUAAUACUAAUGAAUUUUGUUAACUAUAUAUUGUUUUUCCCACUCGACCAUUGCUAUGCAAAUCCUCAUUUGGAGCUUCUAGAAGGAAAAAAUGUAUGAAAAAUUUAAAUGUUUUCACCCGGUAACUUUCAUGUUUGAUAAAUACGUUUAGAAAUGUGAUGAUAUCGCUAAACGACAAAAUUUGCACAGCCAGCCAUUUUAAACGAAAUCAGACCACCCAAAUACCGUAUUUGUUCAACACUUGUCAGCUACACAUUAGGCUCAAGAUUAACAAAUUUAGAAUAUAUAGAAGCCAGUGAAUGGUACUAUUUUAGUACCCUGUUUGUAGAAUUGCACAAUUUGAAGCUGCAAAUAAAAGUAUGAAAAAUACAUUUUCCAGAGCUCUACUGAUUGUAAUGACAUUGAAAAUAUGUGAAGGAAAGUCAACUUGUACACAAACAGACAACGUUUAUAGGAGUUACAGAAUUCCUAUUCCGAACGAAAGGAAUUGCUUAUCAUGUCUACAGUUUGAUUACCGAACUCAAGAGUUUCCGCGGUGGCUGUGUUCAGAUGACUCCAAUUAUUCCGAUGACAUCUUUUAUGUAAUGUAUGAAACAGUUGCUUACGGUGGACAAGAACAAGAGCUCAAAAUUGAAGCAACUAACUUCACGAGAUAUUCAAAUGAGAAUAAUUUUCAAUUCAGCAGCGUAAGGAUACUUGACAUUUCGCAAAAUAAUAUCGGAUUUAUUCCCGAAGCAUUUUUCCUUUUAUUUCCACAUGUAUGGUCAUUAGAUAUUAGCAAAAACAACCUUACGUCUAUAAGUCGAAGUGAUUUUAUAUAUUUAGAAAACUUACAGGUUUUAGAUUUGUCGUUCAAUAGAAUAACUCAUUUAUCUGAUGCGUUUGCGAAUGUUGUCGAUUUGUUUGAUAUCGACUUAAGUCAUAAUAAAAUAUCGAAUAUUCCGAAAGAUCUAUUUCAAAGUCAUAUGCAUUUAGAGAAUCUGAAUUUAAGUUACAACGAAAUGGUUCGUUUUGAGAUGGAGAUGCCAAAGUAUUCCAAGUUUAUCUUGAAUGAGCUGGAUUUAAGCUUUAAUAAAUUAGAAAACGUUAGUAUCAAUAAAGAUGUGAAACGUUUAAUUAUCAGUUAUAACAAAUUAACUGAGUUUUCCUUAAGCCUUGGCGAGAAUUUCGUCUCGUUAAAUUUAAGUCAUAAUCGACUGGUAAAAAUCGAUGACCAUUCGAUGUUAAAUGCAGUUAAUGUUGCAGAUAUAGACUUAAGUUACAAUAAAGUGCAGAGACUACCUACAGGCAGUUUUCGAAAUCAGCAAAAAUUAUCCUCUCUCAACAUUUCCAACAAUUUACUUGCUGGAAGCUCGUUUGGAUCAUACAAUAAUUGGGCGACCUUUUUUUACAAUUUUGCUAUGCUGAAAUCGGUUGAUCUAGAUAAUAAUCUGUGGAUAUGUUCAGAAUUAAAAGAUAUUAUGCAUAUGCUAAAAUCACGAUCUAUUGGUGUGACUAAAGGAAAUGUUCAUAACAGCAGCAAUAUUUUAGGCGUAAAAUGCAUUGAAACAUACCGAAAUAAUACCAGCCGCUUUAAUGAAUCUGAAAGUGAUAUUAGCCAAACUAUUGCACUUGAUAUACUGACUCAGGUGCUCGAAAAUAUUGAUCCACAUUUUAAAAGAUUGGAGGAAACCGUACUGAAUCACACUUCAAGUAAUUUGCAAAAAAUAAAUAGCACUAUGGAUAGAUUUAAAACGAACAUCAGUACAGUAAUUAAUGAUAUUUUGGCAAAUAUCAGGAAAACAAAUGCUAAUUUUGAAAAAUUAAAUAAUAGCAUGCAUAGCGGUCUAAUGAAUAAUGAAAGAAUAGAUUACAAAUUUAUUAAAGAAGGAUUUGCAAAUUUCGAAGAACAGAUUAAAAGUAUUGCUGCAUAUCAACAGAACUCGGAAAAAGUCGUUCAUCCAAACUCUGAAACUGAUGACAACAUUCUGGCAGAAUUGUGGUCGCGACUCGCAAAAAAUAUGACAAAAGUAAGCCCAAAAACCACAGACUCGGAAAUUAGUUUGGCAACAAAUACUGCAAAAUUAACGGUUCAAUCUGAUAAACAAGUAGCUGAAUCUAAAGAAAUAUUGGAAAGAAUCAGUGAAGGUACAAAUGCUGUUUCGGGAAUGGUAGUUCAGAACUUGUUAUUAUCAUUCAUUCUCGGUGCACUUCUAUAUAUCUUAUUCAUCAAAAUUAAAGGAAAGAGGCGAAAUGCUCCUCGAGAUGAACUCAAUUUGGUUCAAGCAGAAAUUAUGGCCAGAGUAUUUGUUAAUGUUGUUUUGAUUGUUCUGAUGUUGAGACCGUCUAAAGGGAUUUCAAGUUGUUCCGAACAAGGAUUUGUUCUACGAACGUACAGAGCUUCCAUACCCAAUCAACAAUAUUGUUUGUCAUGUGCCAUAUUUAGAAAGGAAAAUAUACAAUUGCGACAGUUUUUGUGCAUUGGUUCCAAAUAUGAUUUAGCUGAUCAAAAGAAAUUAUUUAAUUCUAUUCGCAUUCUGCGAUCCUAUUCACCGAUGGAACUGAAAAUUACAGCAGGAAACUUUACCACAUAUAAAAACGAUUUUUCUUGGCGUAACAAUGAAAUUAAGAAACUUGAUAUUUCAGAAAAUGACAUCGGUAUUAUUCCAGAAGCAUUUUUCUAUUCAUUCCCAAAUUUACUGUAUUUAGAUCUAAGCAGCAACAACUUAACAUCUAUAAGCGUACACGACUUUCGAUAUUUAAAUGGCUUGCAAGGAUUAGAUUUGUCAUUCAAUCGAAUAAGUAACUUAACUGAUGCGUUUGAACCUAUUUUAGAUUUGUUUGAUAUCAAUUUGAGUCAUAAUAAGAUAUCGAAUAUUCCGAAAAACCUUUUUGAAAGUCAAAUGCAUUUAGAGAACCUGAAGUUAAGUUACAACGAAAUGGUUCGUUUUGAGGUGGAGAUGCCAAAGUAUUCCAAGUUUAUCUUGAAUGAGUUGGAUUUAAGCUUUAAUAAAUUAGAAAACGUUAGUAUCAAUAAAGAUGUGAAACGUUUAAUUAUCAGUCGUAACAAUUUAACUGAGUUUUCUUUAAAACUUGGCGAGAAUUUAGUCUCGUUAAAUUUAAGUCAUAAUCGACUGGUAAAAAUCGAUGACCAUUCGAUGUUAAAUGCAGUUAAUGUUGCAGAUAUAGACUUAAGUUAC